CUUCACUAAACGAGAUGCGUACAUAUAUGUACAUAUAUAUAGGCAGUGACUUCUCACUACACCCUUAUUUCCAAUCCCAGUUUAUCGCUCAAUUGAACUACAUCUUCGUAUCUAAAAAAAGAGACUAUUCAAACACAAUUCUUGAGAUCAGAUCUGGAAAUGAUAACUAUGAACAAAAUAUUGACCUAGAAAAUAACAAUUGGUGUCUUCUAUUCAAUUACAUUCCAUUGACACAACUACUUUGUAAAGAAAAGAAAUAAAAAAGAAAUACUCAUGGUUACAGAGGAAAUUAGUGAAAAUUCAAUAGAACAAACUUUACAUCAACCUGUACCUUUAGAUUUAUCUUAUCAUUCAUCAAUUUCAAAUGAAUCAAAAAUUUCUAAUCAAUUAUCAAUUUCAACAAUAACAACACCAUUUAUUAAUAAAUAUGAUAAAUCUACUAAUAUACAAUUAAGUAGUUUACAACAUACAUGUAUUAGUAUACCAAUUAAAACAUGUCAAUUAAAUGAUAAACUAGAUAAUCAAUUAUAUAUUCCACAAUCAUCUAUUAUAGAACAAAUGAAUACAUCAUAUAAAUCUAAUUUAGAAAAAUUACAAAUGUUUUAUACAUUGAAAAGAAGUCAAUUAAAAUCGAUUAAUAAUUUAUAUAAUUCACCAAUAAUAACUGUACCACCACCUGAACAAUUAUUAGCAUUAACAAUGUUACAUAAUCAUAAAACUAUUAAAUUCUCUCCAAUAAUCAAUCUGAGUAAUAAUAAUAAUAAUUCAUUGUUACCAAGACAAUUAAAUCAAACUAUUAAAAAUGACUUAGUUACUAAUUUAUCUUCAACUAUUCCAUCAUUAUAUCAUAAUCAAUUUAUUAAUUUAAACAAUAAUAUUAUUAAUAAUCAAUAUUGUAAUUCAAUUCCAUUUGAAUUAAUAUCGAUUUAUUUAAAAAUGUUAGAAAAAUCAAAAAAUUUUAAUGAAGUUUACAAAAAUGAUAAUAAUAAUAAUAAUAAUAAUAAUAAUAAUGGUAGUAACUAUUCAUAUGAAACUAUUAAUAAAUGGUUAUUAUCAUUACGUAAGAAUAUUUAUACAACAAUCGAUAAAGAUUUAAAUAAUCCGCCUUUAAAUUAUCCAAUUAAAACAAAACUAUCACAAACAGUAGUUCAUGUUGAAAGUGAUAAUAAUAAUAAUAAUAAUAAUAAUGGUAUUAAAAAUAUUCCUAAGAAACAUAAAACAAUAACAAGUGUUUUAAAUGUAUUACCAUCAGAUAGUAUUGAAGUAGUACAAGGAUUAUUGUCAACAUGUGUAAAUCAUUUUACACCUAAACAUGAACGUUAUACAUGUCAUUUUUGUGGUAAACUAUUUCCUAGAUCAGCAAAUCUUACUAGACAUAUACGUACACAUACUGGUGAACAACCAUAUAAAUGUAUACAUUGUCCAAGAUCAUUUAGUAUUAGUUCUAAUCUACAACGUCAUAUACGUAAUAUACAUCAAAAAGAAAGACCAUUUCAUUGUAAUGUUUGUUUAAAACGUUUCGGACAACGUGCUAAUUUAGAGAGGCAUGUUCGAAAUCAUUUAAUUAAUAAAUAUCAUCAUCAUCAUCAACAGCAGCAGCAGCAGCAUCAAUACAAGUCAUUAUUAUCACCUACAUGGUCAUCAUAAUCACUAUUCAUCUUUUCAACAGUAAAGACAAGUUCUUCCCUACAAUAACGUGAUAUUGUAUCCAGUUAUUCAAACAGAGUUCAUCCUAUUGCUCUCCAUCAAUCAAACAGACAUUUUUCUCUAUGUAUUCUUAUUUAAAGCCUUUAGUAUUAGUGAUUUUGUAACUUUUUUCUCAAAUCAACCCUGAUAAAGAAUUCUGUUGAUCUUCUUAUGUUCAGAUAUACACAUACAUAUAUGAUAUAGUUACUUGAUUUGAAGUAAUUUAUGUUUGUUUUGUUUUGCUUUUUUGUUCACAUUGAUGACCAUGAUCUUAUGAUUGAUUUGAUCAAUCAAUUAUGUAUAUCUUGUCUUCUCUUCUUUUUCCGUUGUUGUUGUUGAAAAGUAGUAAUAAUCGGAUGAUGUACUCGCUUCCUUUAGUUAUUUUACAUAUAAUACACCCUGUGUAGUGUAUAUCGUCUGUUAUAUGUCAUAUUCAUGAAUAUAUACAUGCAUAUAUAUAUACACAUUUAUAUACAGUUCAAAACAUAUACAUUUAUAACAAGAUAAAGAAAAGACUUCACAUUGUUGAUGAUAAGUUGUUUUUCUCUUUUUAGAUAAUCCUGUAGUUAUUAACAACUAAACAAUCAAGUCAACAACAAUAACAACAAGUCAACGAACAAUCAAACAAAAGUAUCUCAUAUUUAUCACAUCCUUAAAUAACAUGGAUAAAUAAAUGACUACCGGAAAACAAAAUUUCUUCUUUCUUUAUUUAUUUCUUUCCUUCGUUCGGCAACCAUCAUUUGCAUAGUGUUCAUUCUGUUGACAUGAUGAUGAUGAUGAUGGGGUAACUGUGUCUAUGUAUGUAUGUUUAUAUCCUCAGUAGGCGUUCAUUAGCAAUUGUGACUAUCUGAUUUCUCUUAUAUCCUUAUUAUUAUUAUUAUUGUUGUUGUUGUUGUUAAAUCUUGUUAGGUCUUUUAGGUUGAAAAAAAUUUGCAAAAAUUUAAUUAAAUUUUCAGAGAGGUUAUCAAUUGACAUGUCAGUUGAAUUGGUUUCCUGUUAAAGAAAAUAAUUCUAGAAAAAUAUAAAUUGUUUCAAUGAAGGAUGAA